CCCAAUCCAUUUUCAUCAUAAAGUUUCAAUCUUUGCUGAAAUUUCAAACACCCAGAAGCCAAAUUCAAUCAUAGAAAGAAACCCAGUUCAUAUUUCUCCAUUUCUCUGCUACCCAAUUCACCAAAGCUUGGAUUUUUGAGUUUGUCUAUCUGGGUGUUUCUGGAAAUCCCAACCCUCCAAUGUGGCGGCCGUGGAGCAAAUCAACGGUUCAGAUUUACAACACGUCAUCACCGACCUCGCCGUUCUCGUUCUCCUCCUUCAAAGACAUCCAGAACCUCUGCGCCGACGAGCCGCCGCCGCCCGCCGCCGCCAAGAAAGCCUCUGCGAUCUUCCACCGCGUCCGAGUCGCCAACUCGCUCCUCCGCGCCUGGUCAACUCGGCCCAAAGAUGAGCCUAACCAAACUACGACGCAAAACGACCCGUCGUCUAACUCCAUCUCCCUCCCGGGCGCCGAGAAACGCAUUGUCGUAUACUACACCAGCCUACGUGUCGUGCGGCGGACGUAUGAGGACUGCCACGCCGUCCGAUCAAUACUCCGGGGGUUCCGCGUGACAUUGGACGAACGAGAUCUGGCGAUGGACCACGGCUUCAUUGCGGAACUGCAGCAGAUUCUGGGUCAAAGGAAGUUGACCCUGCCGAGGGUUUUCAUUGGCGGGAGGUACAUUGGUGGGGCGGAGGAGGUGAAACAGCUGCACGAGGCUGGCGAGCUCAAGAAGUUUGUGGAAGGCCUGCCCGUACAGGAACCGGGCUCGUGCGGCGCGUGUGGUGGGUACAGGUUUUUACUGUGCGAGGAGUGUAAUGGGAGUCAUAAGUUGUACUCGGAGAAAGGUGGCUUCAGGAGUUGUACCUCUUGCAAUGAGAAUGGUCUCAUCAGGUGCCCUUCUUGUUCUUGUGCACCAAUCUUAGCUAACUAGGAAGAAGAAGAAGAAGAAGAAGAAGAAGAAGAAGCAAUUUUUCUUUUUAUUUUGUUGGUUUUUGUUUUCUUUAAUUUCUGGGUUGGAGUAGAUUAAUUUGUAGUUUUUUGUUAUGGAAGAUGUUGUUGGGUAUGUAAUGUAAGAAAGUGUAGUUCCCAACCAGACAUGGGGUGUGACAUUUUGUCACCCAUUGGAUUUUACUUGCUAACUUUUGGUUAUCAACUUGAUCAGGUACAUUUUUUUAUGUUCUC